AUGGCCUCUUCAAUUUGCAGCAAGGCUUUCGCCUCCUUCGACUGCCGUUCCGAUUCUGAUUUCUUCGAGAGCCUUCGCCACCGCCACUCCACAAACACCACCGCAACGGUGCCGUUUCACCACCUCUCUUCAUCUCCUCGAAACUUCCAGCGCCAGCUCAGCACCAAGUCACGCCGCAACUGCAGUAACAAUGGCGUCGCACAAAUCGUCGCCAACAGUAACAGCAACUCCGCCGCUGCCGCCGCAGCACCUCCGUCUCCGCCGCCGCCGACGACGGACACCGGGGCGGGGUUGAAUCAAACUAUAAAUUCUAAGGAAUCCGUUAUCGAUCGUUAUUCAUUUUUGAAAUGCGAUGGAAGCAAAACCAUUCAUGCUGCUGAGAGAUCAGGUAGGGGCAGUGUAACUGAUGCAAUUACUACCCCUGUAGUGAAUGCUUCUGCCUACUUCUUCAAAAAGACCUCUGAUCUGAUUGAUUACAAGGAGAAACGCCAAUUUAGUUUUGAAUAUGGGAGAUAUGGAAACCCAACGACAGUGGUUUUAGAAGAGAAGAUGAGUGUACUAGAGGGUGCUGAAUCAACUUUGUUCCUGGCAUCUGGGAUGUGUACUAGCACGGUUAUGUUGAUGGCACUGGUUCCAGCUGGUGGACAUAUUGUGACCACCACAGAUUGCUAUAGGAGAACCAGAAUAUUCAUUGGGAACGUGCUUCCAAAGAUGGGAAUCACGGCCACUAUAAUUGAUCCUGCUGAUGUUGGUGCCUUGGAACGUGCAUUGGAACAGAACAAUGUUUCAUUAUUCUUCACUGAGACUCCUACCAAUCCAUUUCAAAGAUGUGUUGACAUUAAACUUGUUUCAGAGCUUUGUCACAAAAAAGGGGCUUUGGUGUGCAUUGAUGGUACAUUUGCCACACCUAUAAACCAAAAGGCCCUUGCCCUUGGAGCUGAUCUUGUUGUGAACUCUGCAACAAAAUACAUUGCUGGACAUCAUGAUGUCCUUGCUGGUUGCAUAAGUGGUUCAGAGAAGUUGAUAUCACAAGUGCGUAGUUUGCAUUUCAUUUUGGGUGGUACACUUAGCCCGAAUUCAGCAUACCUAGUCCUUAGAGGAAUGAAAACGCUGCAUCUUCGUGUACGGCAAGAGAAUUCAUCAGCAAUGAAAGCAGCCAAAAUUUUGGAGGCACAUCCUAAGGUGAAGAGCGUCUACUAUCCAGGUUUGCCAAGUCAUCCUGAGCAUGAGCUUGCCAAGAGACAGAUGACUGGUUUUGGUGGUGUUGUCUGUUUUGAAAUUGAUGGAGAUAUAAUGAAAACUAUAGAAUUUGUUGAUUCGUUGAAAAUCCCAUAUAUUGCUCCAUCCUUUGGUGGCUGUGAGAGCGUUGUGAAUCAGCCUGCUAUCAUGUCUUAUUGGGAUCUUCCUCGGUCAGAAAGAGCAAAGUAUAAAAUUUAUGACAACUUGGUUCGCUUCUGCUUUGGAGUUGAAGACUAUGAAGAUUUGGAGGAAGAUAUCCUGCAGGCUCUGGAAGCUAUAUAG